AAAGCUCUUUUUUCUAUAUUUCCUGCUUGACUGCCUCCUCCCACACCCAUGUUUCUACUUUUACUGAGGGUAUAAAUUGCUUUGUGAGUUCAGCCUAGCCAGAGCCAACAUGAAGACAGCCACAGUCUUUGUUCUGGUAGCUUUGAUUUCUAUGACGAUGAAUACUGCCUGGGCUCUGUCUAAUUCCAAAAAAAAACCUGGAGCUUGUCCUAAGCUGCCCCCAAACACUUAUGGAACUUGUGAUGAACGAUGCUCAGGAGACGAAGCGUGCUCUGGCGAAAUGAAGUGCUGCAGCAAUGGUUGUGGCCAUUCCUGCCAGCCUCCUGUCUUUUAACCAUGUGGAAGAUGGAAUCAAUCCUCAUAAGCAUGACUGAUGGCCAGCCACAGAAGAUUUCCUCUGAAUCCACAGAGCCCACGUUUGGCUUCUCCCUUGACCUAGAACUGCAUCCUCUGAAGAGGAAGAUCUACACUGUGGUGACAACUUCCUAAUGUAUUUGUGUCCAUAAUAAACUGCCCUUAGCAUUCUUUUUGCUGAAGAAUUCUU